AUGGGGUCUGUUCGUAGUGCUGGAUUUUGUUUAGAAAAUAGUUUACCGUUUCGUGGUCAUGACGAAUCUGAAAACUCUCUUUAUAAAGGUAUAUUUCUUUCGGUUUUAAAGUUGAUUAGUGUGAACAACCCGGAUAUUAGUAAGUACACUUUAGGGAAGGCGAAGAAGAAUAAUAAGUUGACAGCUCCAUCGAUUCAAAAAGAGAUUGUCGAUUGCUAUGCGAAAGAAGUAACCAAAAUGAUUUGUGAAGAAAUUAAAGACGAUGUCUUUGGGUUGUUAGUAGAUGAGUCUAGCGACGUGUCUUUAAAGGAACAAAUGGCCGUAGUUGUGAGAUAUGUCGAUAAGGUCGGAGUUGUUAAAGAGAGUUUAAUUGGAGUUACUCGUGUCAGGGGUCAAGGUUAUGAUGGUGCAAGCAACAUGCGGGGAGAGUUUAAUGGAUUAAAAGCUUUAAUUCUGAAAGACAAUCCAUCGGCACAUUACAUACAUUGCUUUGCUCAUCAACUUCAGUUAGUGAUUGUGGCUGUAGCAAAAAAGCAUGAUGGUGUUAAAGAAUUUUAUGAAACUCUUGGCAUGGUUGUUAAUACGGAAAAGGAUUAA